AAUUUGUUAUUGUCCACACAUUCAUUAAUCCUGCCCUGCCCAUCAACCCCACACAUUUUCUUCAUAUAUACACACACAAUUUAGUUUGUCUUUCCAUGUUAAAAAUUCCCAGAUGAUCUGUCACCAAAUAAAGAAAGAAACCUUGAAAGUUUCUGUCUCAAAUCUCCAUUCCUUUUUCGGUAUAGAGAGAGUGUGUGUGUGUGUUCAAUUGAUAGCAGCUUGCAAGAAUCAUAUACGACAUAUUUAAUGAAUACUUGCAUAUACAUAGAUGAGGAAAGUCGAUUAAUUUGAAUUUCCAAGUGAGUUUGUGUGUGUAGAGACGCAGAAAUCAUGAGAGACAUAACAUCGUGUUUGAGCGAAUACGCGGUACAGAUUUCGGAGACGUCGUGUUCGAGCAAUUCCUGCAUUUCUCCCAACCUAAUCCCUUCGGUCCAAAACGCGGUGACGUGUCUCUACAAAACCACGCUCUCAAAUCAGAAGCAGAUUCCGGUGACGCUGACGUGGCACCGCAACAGCCUCUCCCAGGGUCUCACCAUCUCCUUCGGCGACGACCACUCCGCCGCCGUCAAGCUCACCACCAAUUCCCGCCUCUUCCGCAAGCUCAAGGGCUCCAAGACCCUCGACUUCCACAGCACCACCAUCGAGAUCUCCUACGAUCUCUCCGCCGCCCGCUACGAGGCCGGCCCGGAGCCCGUCGACGGCUACUACGUCUUCAUCGCCGUCGAUUCCGAGCUCGGCCCCAUCCUCGGCGACAUCAACAUGGCGCCGCCUCGCCUCAAAUCCUCCCCGCGGAUCGCCAAAUUCUCGCUCGUCUCGCGCCAGGAGCACUUCUCCGGCAACACGCUCUACUCCACCAAGGCCCGCUUCCACGACGGCGGCGCGGCGCACGACGUGGUGAUCCAGUGCGGCGGCGAGAGCGAGGGCUUGAAGCACCCCGUGCUGUCGGUUUGCAUUGAUAAGAAGACGGUGAUACGGGUGAAGAGGCUGCAGUGGAAUUUCAGAGGGAAUCAGACGAUUUUCCUCGACGGAUUGCUGGUGGAUUUGAUGUGGGAUGUUUAUGACUGGUUUUGCAGCCCGGGCUCGGGCUCCGGCCCGGGAUAUGCGGUGUUUAUGUUCAGGACUAGAAGCGGGAUGGAUAGCAGAUUGUGGUUGGAGGAGAAGAUGAUGCGCAAGGAUCAGGAUAACCUCGAUUUCUCAUUCAUCAUCUACGCCUGUAAGAAUCUAGUAUGAGUUUUUUUUCUUCUUUUUUUCUAAAAAACAAAUUGCUAAUUGGAAAUAAAUUUUGGCUGUUCAUUAGGAGCUUCAUAGUUAAUUCAAUCUGAUAUUUGUUUUUUUUUUUUUUUUGAGGGGGGGUGGGGGCAAUUUGUGUUAAUUUGUGUAGUUUGCAAAUGUGAAGGUGUAGAUUGAUUGCAGAAUAUGUAUGCUAUAUGGCUCUGUUCUGAUCUAGUGAUCUGUAUUUUGAGGAUUGAGGAAAAAAGGAGUAGUGUUCAAAUCUUCAAUACUUUUUCUAAUUAUAAAUGAUUCUUGAAAUCUUCGCAA